AUGUCCGAAAAAGAAGGAAACAAAUCUUUUGCUAAAGAUGAUAAGCACGAUCCUCCCGAAUGGGAUUUUCCAAAAUAUACCCAAACAGUGAUGACAUACCCACCACGUACCCAAAUAUUUCCUGAAAAUGAAAAGAGACGAAUUCAAUAUUCUUCCACAUCAUCAUCACAUCCUUUUAACAGGAAACAAAUGUAUCUACCAUCAUCUUAUAUUAACAUAGAUAUUGAGAAUGAUAGGAUUCCUAUGGUGGAUAUUGAUGAUUAUGAGAAGGAUCUAGGUGAUGAUAAAAUCAAGAAAUUCGGACCUUUAAUAAUGUGGAUUAUCAACGCUUUGUGUAAUUUUAUUAUGUUAUUCGGGUGCGGUCUUUUAUUAUAUUUUUACUAUAAGAGCUCAGUGCAAAGUAGUUAUGUGACAUUGGCAAAGGCUUACAUAAUAGUGUUUUUUGUAAUAGAAAUAAUAGUUCGUACAAUAAAUCUAUUGCAAAUGAAAUAUUAUGAUUUAAAUUUCGUAUUUUAUAACGGUCUAGGAGUUCUGUGCUUUAAGAAGGAGUCUUAUUUGGCAUUUAGCACAGAAUGGAUCGAAGUAUCACAAAUAAUUAGGUUGGCAGAUACGGCAGACAAUACAUGUUUCAUUAUUCCGUCAUUAUUUUUACUUCAUUUAAUAACGUAUUACAUGGUAUACAAAGAUGAUCCAAUAAGUGUUGCGGUUGAUAACACUUGUAAAAUCAUGGAAAUAUUUUUAUCCUUCCCUGCGAUCAUCUUGGUCAUAACAAGAAUUUGGGCAUACGAGGCAAUAGCAAUUGCCAUGGCUGCUAUUACUUUGAUACUUCGUUUUAUACUUGUGAUUUUUGUGGAUAUUGGGGAGAUUGCUGUGAUAGUUUUUGCGGAUUUUUGGGAGACUGCUGUAAUAAUUCGUGUGGAUUUUUGGGAAACGAUUGUAAUAAUUCGUGUGGAUUUUUGGGAGACUGCUGUAAUAAUUUGUGUGGAUUUUGGGGAGAUUGCUGUGAUAGUUUUAGUGGAUUCUUUAAUGGAUAAUAUUUAG